AUGAUUGGACCAUCGUACACUGUGAGCUCGGUGGCACGAGAUGACAGGAGUUGUCGAUGUGCCGACCAGGACGAGGGCGGCGCUCCCGUCUUCUUCUGCGCCUGCCGGCCGGCCUGGGGAGGCGACUUCUGCCAAGAGGCGCGAGACCCCUGCUCGGCCGGCCUGCCCGACUGCGGCUCCAUGUUCCGCUGCCACCGGGAUGAGACGAACACCUUGGCCGGCUUCUCGUGCCGCUGCCACGAGCGGCUCGGCUGGGCUCCCCGCUCCGCGUCGGACCCGCGCUGUAUGCGUAUAACCCGCUGCUCGGAUGGCAACCCGUGCCAGAACGGCGGCGCCUGUCGCCAGGAGGAGGGCGGCUUCGUCUGCGUCUGCACCGAGCGCAGCUCAGGAGAUCUGUGUGAGCGAAGGCUGGUGGACGGCUCCGAGGACCCGGCCGCUCCGGCGUCGGCUGCGGCUGCCACUUCGGCUCCGGACUUCAGUCCAUUGAUGGUGGUGCGGUCGUUUGACCAGAUGUUGAGCCCCUACGGCAGCUGGCAGCAGCCGGCGGUACGCCCGCGCCGCUCCCACGCCCAGCACAGGAGGCAGCGGAGCCGCCACCGCCAUCGGGUCUUCCUCGAGCGUCUGCUGCGUGACGUGGAGCCACAGAUCCGGCGCACCGCCCGCGACAGCAUCGUAGAGCUGCCGCACCGGUGAUGAAACGUCGCCCUCCGUAUCCUUCAGUCGCCGCACCAAUGUCAGCACGACAGACUAGCUGCUGUGCCUUCGAAGAAAGGACGUCUCCAGCGCCAUCCACCUCACUGUGUGGGCUACGGCGCAGACAGGCGUGGGUGCCAUCAGCAAGGCCAGUGAUCGAGGCCAUGUCACCAUUGGACAGGUCUCCGGUCUGGGAUUACGGUAGUGCUGACUUACUGACGUCAACGAACUGCUGGCCUGGGGUAAGAACAUGAAGGGCAGGUGUCCCUGUCGAAACCCCUGUCGAACUUGUACAGCCAGCUGGCGAUUGCAGAUUUCACCCAUUUUAGUGAUUGACUUCGCCUUGCCAACUUUAUGUGAUGCCCUGUCACGAAAAUGUCGUUAUUGAACAAGUUCAGUGGCCCGAAUACAAAUCGAAA